GCAAAAUAAAAUAAUGUAAAAAUAUACAUCACUUAUUUUAAAUAAACUUUAUUUUGCUUGACAAAACAUUUGAUAAAAAGUAACUUGGUAAAGCGGUUUAAAAAAACACAAAAAUACAUCAAUCAUAGCAUAGCCUGCCCAAUAUUGCAUGUUUUAAAAAAGUGAAAUAACUUAAACUUGCAACAAACCGUAUUUGCUAAACAUUCCUUUGUCCACUUUGUCUAAUUUGGACUGACUGCACCGCACUGUGUCCAUGCUUGCAGGAAUCAUGCCGUGUGUCCACACACAGUGCGGCUCCUCGCCACAGGGAGCCAGUCCGGCUUCCCAGAGCGCCGGCGGAGAGCGGAGCUGUGACUUUCUCACACCAGAGUUUGUGAAGUUCAGCAUGGAUCUCACUAACAGUGAAAUCUCUGCUGCGUCGUCCGGCAGCAAUAUUGGCCCUUUGGCGGACUCUUACAACUGUGGCUACGACGUGAAGCCGCCGUGCGUCUUUCAGAUGCCAGUACAGGGGGAGAUCCCGUGCGUAAAGUUGGAGGACGCGCACGGGUGUCCGCGGUAUCAGCCCCACCAGCCUCCAUCGCACCAUUCUGAGGAGCUGCUCUCCUCUCCAGGCUCAGUUUACUAUUACCGACCUCCCUCUCCACACACGCCCAGCUUCCAAACUCCAACAGGACACAUCUGGGAUGACUCCGGUUCUCUGUAUAGUUUUCGACAAGACUAUUUGGCGGCGGCGCACAGGAAAAAUUCACUAUGCAGAUUCUCGCUGUUUUCUCUCAAACACGCGCAACACAGCGGCCAGAGCUCGCCAACCUGCCAGAUGAAGUUUGACGGAUCGCUGCACGUGUCCAUGAACCUGGACGCAUCCGGGACGCACCAGCCGCUGGACUGUUCCGGGGGUUUGGGAAAGCGACACAAUGUGGGAUUCCCCCAGCCACUGCACCUCGCCCACGGUCACCCGUUUAUGGACUACCAGACUUCAGCCUCCAGUCGUGGACCGCUGGGCGCGGAGGGUCUGUGCGCGGUGUGCGGGGAUAACGCAGCGUGCCAGCACUAUGGAGUGCGCACCUGCGAGGGCUGCAAGGGUUUCUUCAAGCGCACAGUGCAGAAAAAUGCCAAGUAUGUGUGUUUGGCAGCCAAAAGCUGCCCUGUGGACAAACGAAGGAGGAACCGUUGUCAGUACUGUCGCUUCCAGAAGUGCUUGACAGUGGGAAUGGUCAAAGAAGUGGUGAGGACCGACAGCCUGAAAGGUCGAAGAGGUCGCCUGCCCUCCAAACAUAAAGCCCUCACAGACUCAUCCUCCCCUGUCAGCGCCCUUCUGAAUGCUCUCAUCAGGGCACACGUCGAGUCGAACCCUCCACCCUCUCGCCUUGACUACUCCAAAUUCAGGGAGAGUCCUGGAAGUCCGCUGGGAGAUGAUGCACAACAUGUGAGACAGUUUUACGACCUCCUGACCACUUCGAUGGAGGUGAUUCGAGGGUGGGCACAGAAGAUUCCCAGCUACGCCUCCCUACCUAAACACGACCAAGACCUCCUCUUCUAUUCUGCUUUCCUGGAGCUCUUUGUUUUGCGACUCUCAUACAGAUCAAAUCCGGAGGAGGGAAAGUUGAUCUUCUGCGAUGGGUCGGUGUGGCACAGGUUCCAGUGCCUGAGGGGCUUUGGGGAGUGGAUCGACAGCAUCGUCGAAUUCUCGGCCAAUCUGCAGAGGAUGAACCUGGACGUCUCCACCUUUUCCUGCAUAUGCGCCCUCACAAUGGUGACCGAGCGACAUGGACUAAAAGAGCCAAAGAAAGUGGAGGAGCUGCAGAACAACAUUGUCAAGUGCUUGAAGGAUGGCGCGGCGUGCACUGAUGGAGGCUCAGAAUGUUGGUCCAACCAUUUGUCCAGACUUUUAGAAAAGCUGCCCGAACUCCGCACUCUGUGCAUCCAAGGCCUUCAAAGGAUAUUCUAUUUGAAGCUGGAGGAUCUGGUGCCACCACCUGCAGUAAUAGAUAAGUUAUUCCUGGACACGUUGCCAUUUUAGAGACGGAGAGAAGAGCCGACACGCGGGGACAGCUUUGUUUUCCUCAGCAAUAGCGGUCCUUUGUGUCAGUUUGAGUUCUGUGCUUUGCAUAAAAAACAUUUCCAAACCAACAAGUGAAAGCAGAAUGAUUUCCAUCCUAAAACCUUAUUUAUAAUAAUUGUUUAUCAUAAGAAGCAACAUCCUUUGGAACAACCAAAUCUAUGUUUGCAUGGUAAUGGUGACUUUUUAAAUCCAAUUAUAUUUAAGGAAAUAAAUCAUUUUAGUUUCAUAAAUUCCUGGAAUUUUUUUGUUUUAUCAAUUUACAAUGUGAUUUGAAGUGACUGCCCGGAUUAAACUAGAGAUUCUAAGUGAAUAAAAAUAAUAUUUGGCAGGUAAGUUGUUUUGUUUUCACACAUUUCUAUGCUUCCCAGCUUGUAUGCAGGCAUUUUGGUACAGGAUUUGUGUCCCAUCACGUUAUGUUCUCUAAAAUUCACGUGUUAUUAGUAUAUCGUGAUUAACACAGUAUUCAGUCGACUACCAUGGUCUUGUGUUCUCAGAGUAAACUGUCAUUGUCACUGUGAUUUUUGAUUUAUUUCAAUUAUUUGAAGAACAUUAUUUUAACUUUUAA